UUCAAAUCCUUGGUCGUUGCGCGCAUUUCUCAUUCAUCCGCACGUCCAAACCCCCCUCAAUGGGGCUGGUGAAUAUCACAUACUCUUCCUAUUGUCCCCUGUUGUGAUUGAUGAGUUCAUCUUCAUAUUGUGUCCAACAAUAACGGGGGGGCUCGGUAGCUCGACACGCUAAAUCCAGUUGACGAAGCGAGCGAUCUAUGAUUUUCUGAAUCGAUUCCUAUCAAUUUCUCUCAUCUCAUCUUCCUCAAGAUCAUCCUACCUCUACCAUCAAGACAUCGCCAUCGAUUAGUGCACCUCGAAGUCCAUAUCUGAUUGCGAUCAUCGCGCCCUUUCCGACGCGUCAACUACCAAUCUCUCGCUCUUCGCCCGCCACCUGUUCGCGACGACACGAUGUCGGAAGAAGCGCCCCCACAAGCAGUUGUUGCAACUCCUACUGCAGACACUGCAGAGACUCAACCAGCGCGCCCAGAUAUGGAAGAAGCUCAGGCCAAGGAUGCGGCAGCGACUAAUGGGGCAGAAAACAAAGAGGUUGCUGAGCCCGCAAAGGAAGUCGCGACGGCUGAGGUGGACGCGCCUGUACCGGAUAGCGAGACCAAGGAGCGCGAAACUACAAACGACAAACAGCCUACGCCAGAAGACGCGCCUGAAGAUAAAGCUGCAACAGCCCAAGCGGAUGUCGAAAUGAAGGAAGACAUAAAGCCAGAUGAUGCAGCUCCAGCUGCUGAUGAUUCUGCAGAUGCUGGAGUUGAUACAGCAGCUUCAGCAGACAAAUCGAAAGCCCGACGCAAAUCAGGCGGUGUCCCGGAACACAAGAACAAGAAGCUCAACAAGAAGGCCUCUAAGGCCAAGAUGACACAUAUUGAUGCUAAGCCAGGCGAUUACUUCUAUGUGAGAUUGAAGGGAUACCCGCCAUGGCCAACAAUUAUCUGUGACGAGUCAAUGCUUCCCAACACCCUCAUCAAAUCACGACCAGUUACCGCUGCGAGACCUGAUGGGACUUAUCGCCCUGGCUACGAAGAUGGUGGCAGUAAGGUCAAGGACCGCACAUUCCCGGUUAUGUAUCUCUAUACCAAUGAAUUUGGCUGGGUUCCUAAUACCGAUCUCGUCGACCUGGACCUCGAUACUGUGGGUAAUGUCGCGCCAAACAUGCGAAAGGAUCUCCAUGCUGCGCAUCUUCUUGCCGCUGAGAAGCACGAUCUGGACUACUUCAAGCAGAUCCUGAAGAAUUUUAUGGAGCAGCGCGCCGCUGAGCUUGAGGCCAAGGAGGCUGCCAAAGCUGCAAAGAAGGCAAGCAAGGCCAAGAGACAAUCGAAGGCCGCUGUUGAUGAGCAGGAGGAUGGAGAUGUUGACAUGGCCGAUGCUCCUGCUGAACCAGAUUCCGAGGAAGCCGAGGCAGAAGCAACCAGCAGUGAGAAACCUAAGAAGGGCAAGAAGCGCAAGGCCGAGGAUGAUGCAGCUACUCCACAACGCGGCGAUUCUGCAAAGAAGCCUAAAACCAUCCUAAAGUUGACAAACAACACCCCAAAGACUACAUCCACCCCAAAGACUCCAAAAGAUCAAUCUGCAGCCAAAUCAUCGAAGCCGAAGGCCAAAAAGGCUCAGAAGCUUCAAGAAGAGGCUGUUGCCCCGAAGGAGCCUGAGCUCACGCCCGAGCAGAAGCGUCUCAAGAAAGAGAAAGAAAUUUUAUUCUUGAGACACAAACUCCAGAAAGGUCUCUUGAUCAGAGGCCAAGAGCCAAAGGAAGAGGAUAUGAAGCAGAUGUCCGAAUUUGUUGGUAAACUCGAAGACUAUGCGGACCUGGAAGUUUCCAUCAUUCGAGCCACAAAGAUUAACAAGGUGCUCAAGGCUAUUCUGAAGCUCAGCAAUAUUCCAAAGGAGGAGGUGUAUAACUUCAAGGGACGUUCACAGACUCUACUUGACAAGUGGAACAAGAUUCUUGCCACAGACCAGGAGAUUCCGGGCGCUGCUGCUCCUCCGACGACAACAAAUGGGGACACUCAAGAAGCUAAGCCAGAGUCAGAAGAUGCUAAAGCCACUCCUGCCCCCUCUGCAGAUGGCACAAAUGGAGCCAAGGAAUCACCCAGCGAGGAUAAGCCUGAAGAGAAAGCUCCGGAGGUUGAGGCACCAGUAGUUACCGAGCCCAAGGAUGCCCCCGAAGUUGAAGAUGCGAGCGCACCACCGGCUGAAGAACCUGCAAAGGAAUCUGUCACAGAGUCAGCCCCGGUCGAGUCCACCGCCUAGUUGGCAUGGUUGAGAUUGAUUGGUGAUGGUUACGACGUACGACCAAGCAUUGCAGCAUUUUACCAUCGAUUAUCGAUGAGCCGAUUAAUUCAUGAACUCUACUUUCCAUUUGCUACCGGCUCCUCGUCGUGGGAUCGCAACCUAUCGUUGCACUCACUGGAGCACAUCGUUCUGCAUCCGCUUUACGAGUUUACUUGGCGAUUUCGCAUGUAACACUACACAAUACCGGAGUUUUACUCUUCUGACUCACGCUGCCUAGGCUCGUCGUGGUCCACGCUGUACAAAUUCCGACUUUCAAAAUUGCAACGUCGAGGGUUUAGGGGGAAGACGGGAGGGGUUCGAGCUUGUUUUCGUGGGCGUUUGCUAUGAGUCUGAUUGGUACUGAUACUUCCUUCUACGCAAAACCAAUAAAAGUCCCGAACAAAUACGUG